CGACGACGAGAACGACGACGUCGUCGUCGUCGCCGCCGCCGCGGCCGCCGAUCGCACGGACUGCACGGACCGCACGGUCGCCCUCGCGACUACCAACUCGAUCGUGGGCCCCAUCCGUCGUCGUCCGUCCCCAUCCGUGUCCCGAUCAUCCUACCUCUCACUCAAUUCCGCCACCGCCACCGCCGUAUACGCGACCCGAGAACCUGACGGGCCCGGACCCGGAUCGUUAGACAUCGAAGGAAAAAACGGCGAACCGCGAUCCGUAUCCUUCCCGUGGUGUGUCAUGGGGUGUUUCGGCAGCCAGAAUAAGGACAGCCAGGAUGAAAGCAAAAAUCAGAAGAGACGAUCCGAUGCCAUCACCAGGCAGCUGCAGAAGGACAAGCAGGUCUACCGUGCCACCCACAGGCUACUCCUGCUCGGAGCAGGAGAGUCUGGCAAAAGCACGAUCGUCAAACAGAUGAGGAUACUGCACGUCAAUGGUUUCAGUGAGGCGGAAAAGCGGCAGAAAAUUGAAGAUAUUAAGAAGAAUAUUAGGGACGCCAUUUUGACGAUAACCAGUGCGAUGAGUACGUUAACGCCGCCCGUUACACUAGGAGACACAUCAAAUCAGAGCAGAAUGGACUAUGUCCUGGAAGUCUCGUCUUCCCCAGACUUCGAUUAUCCUCCGGAAUUCUACGAUAUCGUCGAAACACUUUGGAAAGAUCGGGGCGUUCAGCAAAGCUUCGAGAGGAGUAACGAGUAUCAACUUAUCGAUUGCGCCAAAUAUUUUCUAGAUAAGGUAGCCAUCGUAAAACAGCCAGAUUACACGCCCACGGAGCAGGACAUCCUGAGGUGUCGAGUCCUCACGUCUGGCAUUUUUGAGACGCGGUUUCAGGUCGACAAAGUAAACUUUCAUAUGUUCGACGUCGGCGGCCAGCGUGACGAAAGAAGAAAAUGGAUACAGUGUUUCAACGAUGUCACAGCGAUUAUAUUCGUCACGGCGUGUAGUAGUUACAAUAUGGUACUCAGGGAAGAUCCUACAAAAUUGAGACUCAGGGAGAGUCUCGAUCUCUUUAAAAGUAUCUGGAAUAAUCGAUGGCUCCGCACGAUCUCGGUAAUCCUGUUCCUAAACAAACAAGAUCUAUUAGCGGAAAAGGUGAAAGCAGGCAAGCACAAAUUGGAGGAUUACUUUCCAGAAUUCGCGCGCUACCAAACACCAGUCGAGCCCGGGAUGGCUGCGGAUCCUUCGGAAAUACCUGACGUCAUAAGGGCCAAGUACUUUAUAAGAGACGAGUUCCUCCGCAUAAGUACGGCGAGCGGCGAUGGCAAACAUUAUUGUUAUCCACACUUUACGUGCGCCGUCGACACGGAGAACAUCAAGAGAGUGUUCAAUGAUUGCCGAGACAUUAUCCAGCGAAUGCAUCUGCGCCAAUACGAGCUCUUGUGACUUCGUUUCUGCCGACGUCUUCUGUCAUUAUUAUUCGUUAAUCUGACGGUCACGCUCGUGCUGCAUCUUGAGUCGCUGCGAACUGUGAAUGAGCGAGAGCGAGCUGUGCCAUCAACUAUGGCCUCGCGAGGAGGACUCGUUCGAGUUCCAUAUACUUGGAUAUAUUCAGGUAACGCGUAGGGCUUCCUCGCCAGUCCAAAAUGGAAAAAUCGAAAAACAGAAAAACGGAAAAACCGAAAAAUCGAAAAACGUAUAUAGUCCGAAGGACUAUAGACUAUAGUACCGCGCGAUAUAAUUGAUCGAGUGCGCGCCAGUGGAUCUUGAGGGUGACUCUUCUCCUCGUCAACGAGAGUCGGUAUACAGCGAUACACAUUAUACACCGCUCUGCGAGCAACUCUUCGCUGCGUGAGAUCUGUUUGAAGCGAGUUCCUUCUCCCUCGCGCGGAGUAAAUUUCGCGCCAAGCACUGCAAGCGAGCGUGCGAACAAGGCAGGACGCGAGAUGUCCGCGCGUCGACACGUCGGCCCCGCAUCGUAUCAGUCGUCACGUCAGUCGUCAGUUGGAUUGAGUUGGACGAAAACGAACGAGCGACCCCUCCAAGAGAGAAGCAGGCGUAUUUAAUCUCGCCAUCACUCGUCGACUCUCUUUUCUUUUUAAUUCGAAAGAAAGAGUGUGCUGAACACUCGUUGUCGUUCAUCCGGAUGAUAGCGGCGGAUCUGAACGAUCCGGAAACUCUCGCGCGCCGUUCGAUCUGUGCGUACUGUGCGUAUUACCUCGUUAAUUUUAUUCCUCUCGCAUGUGAUUCCGCUUCGUGGAACGCGCGAAUCCUGUCAUAAGCGUGGGCCAACGUCGUUGUCGGAUGUGAUUCGAGAGACGAUCCUCCUCGUUCAACACACUCUUGACGUGAAUUAUCAUUCGGAUCGGAUUAGAGUUAAGAACGUUUCCUAAGACUUAGGCAAACCUCUCUGGUAAAAAGGAAAAAGAGAAAAAAAAGAAAAAGGAAUUUUUGUCUUAUCGUUUUUUGAUUCUCCUCAAUCCUUAUACUCGUUUCCGAAUCUCCGCUAUACUUUUCCUCGCUCCCCUCCGUACAUUUCGCAUAGAAUCUCCACGUCUCUUUCGUUUUCUUUCAUUGAGCUUUCGACAUUUCCGAAUCUCGAUUCUUUUUAUUGUUACAUUGACCCGAUCUAUAGAAGUCUCAGCCGCGCCCUUUUUACGAGAAGAGUAUUUUGUGAGAUUUUACAGUAUUUCGAAGAGCGUUUUAAUUAUAUAACUAUGUAUCGAGUAUAUGUACAGGGUGACCGUCCACGGAUUCUCACGAUCGGUUUUAAUGUUUCUUACGAUCGAGAUCUCUCACGGAUAUGGAUGUCUCCUUUUUUCAGUGUGUGACAUAUAUAUGUCUAUGUAUACACACACACACACACACACACACACACAUGCGCGCGUGUGUGUGUGUG